GUUUCUGAUGGACUCUGAUUUAGUAGAUGAUAAUUAAGUCAUUUUUGGAUGGGAUCACCAACCCACACUAAUCUAUAUUGAAUCUUAUAUCUGCAGCAUCUAGGUAUUGCUUCCAGCGUAUUGUCUUUUCACCUGGUCUAUAUAAAGAAAAGCUAGAUUAACUUGCUUUUUUCUUUUUACUUUAAUUUUUUUAAUUUUUAAUUUUUUUUUUUUCAAAAAACCAUGUCUACUAAUUCGAUUAAGUUAUUGGCUAGUGACGUUCACCGGGGUUUAGCUGAGUUGGUCGCUAAGAGAUUGGGCUUGAAGUUGACUCCUUCUGAAUUGAAAAGAGACUCUACUGGAGAAGUACAAUUUUCUAUUGGGGAAUCGGUGAGAGACGAAGAUAUAUUCAUUAUAUGUCAAAUUGGUUCAGGGGUUGUUAAUGAUCGUGUUAUUGAAUUACUUAUUAUGAUUAAUGCUUGUAAGACUGCAAGUGCCCGUAGAAUCACGGUCAUUUUACCUAAUUUUCCUUAUGCAAGACAAGAUAGAAAAGAUAAAUCCAGAGCACCAAUCACUGCCAAAUUAAUGGCUGAUAUGCUUACUACUUCAGGUUGUAAUCACGUCAUUACCAUGGACUUACAUGCUUCUCAAAUUCAAGGUUUCUUUGAUGUUCCAGUUGAUAAUUUAUAUGCUGAACCAAGUGUUGUUAGAUAUAUUAAAGAAAAAAUCAAUUAUAAAGAAGCCAUCAUCAUUUCUCCAGAUGCCGGUGGUGCUAAAAGAGCUGCUGGCUUGGCCGACAGACUAGACUUGAACUUUGCUUUGAUCCAUAAAGAAAGAGCUAGAGCAAAUGAAGUUUCUAGAAUGGUUUUGGUUGGGGACGUCACCGAUAAAAUCUGUGUUAUUGUCGAUGAUAUGGCUGACACUUGUGGUACCUUGGCUAAAGCUGCUGAAGUCCUUUUGGAUAACGGUGCCAAAGAUGUCAUUGCAAUUGUAACCCAUGGUAUCUUAUCUGGAAAUGCUCUUAAAAAUAUUAACAACUCUAAGCUUAAUCGUGUUGUUUGUACUAACACCGUUCCUUUUGAAGAAAAAUUAAAUCUUUGCCCUAAAUUAGAUACCAUCGAUGUUUCUGCAGUCUUAGCUGAAGCUAUAAGAAGACUUCAUAAUGGUGAAAGUAUAUCAUAUUUAUUCAAAAAUGCUCCUUUAUGAUGUACUACUAUUAGCCCCCUUUCAAUUUAUC